AUGAGCCAAGAAGAGGAGGAAUUUGUAGAUGACAGAGGCAAUAAGAAGAAAGCCAAAAGCAAAGAUGUUGCUUGGCAGUAUCAUCCUGCUCGAAUGCUUAUUCGUGAUCGAUUUGAAAAUGGCCAAAUCCCACUCAGCUACUCCGACGCUUCAGGGUUUGGCCCAAGAGCUGUCUACGACUCUUUGAUACCGCUUGGGGAUCCCGCAAUGAACGGUGUUAAGUACAAUGAAGAGUUUACUCGUCAUCUACGGGAUCUUCGAAUGCAAGUUGUGGGUUGUUCCGAUAGAGCAAGAGACGAUGAGGACGCCUACAAAAACUUCCGAAUGAACCAUCCAACACAAAAAGUGGAUGGACGAGGACGACCGCGUUGGCAAGGCUCAGAGGCUGAAGCUUUGCUCAAACAAGAUAUGGAUGAUGGCAUCCACAAGCAGUUUGACAAGCCCUCCUUAUUCUAUCAGUCAAGACCAGAGUACCAGAAAUUUCAAUUGGAUGUGUUCCGUGGACACAUUGAUCAAGAAAAACGCCUUCGCAACUACUACAAUUAUCUAGAAAAACAGGAAGCAGAGGAAAAGAAGAAGAUGGAGAAGGCUAGAAAGAAGGUGGUUGAAGGGAAGUAG